UAGAUGAAAUAAUACUCCUCGGUCCUCGCAUUACGCACCACACGGCUCAACAGAGGACUUCAUUAAAACGAGAACAUUUUUUGGGAGAGAGAGACAAGGCGAUCGCGCAAAGGUGACUCGUAGACCCAAACAAUUUACGUCAAGAUAAUCUAGACCAGUUUAACCCUGCAGGUGCAACCGCAAACGGUGAAAGCUCGUUGUCGGUCAAACGGAACGCUGUAGACAGAAAAAGAAGCGAAGAAAACAGGAGACCUGUUUAGAGAGCUGCGGUGACAUUUCUACAGCGGGAAAACCACGAGCUCGAAAAGGUUUUCUGCCUAGCUCGUUCUAUGCGCGUGGGUCUGCUCCUCACGAGCAGGAAGUGUAACUCGAAGCGUGGGAAAGCUGCGUUACGUCGGGGGGCUGCUGAGACUCACUGGCAUCGUUUGCCCCGGUUUUCCCCUGUUCCACCAUGGAUCGGGAGAAUGGAGAGUCCGGGAAAGGGACGUGGAAAAAGCAAGUCGACGAUAUCAAGAAAAUAUUUGAAUUGAAAGAGAUCCUCGGAACCGGGGCAUUCUCUGAGGUGGUGUUGGCCCAGGAGAGGUCUACAGGGAAAAUGUUUGCUGUGAAGUGUAUCCCCAAGAAGGCCCUGAAGGGGAAAGAGAGCAGCAUCGAGAACGAGAUCAACGUGCUCCGCAAAAUCAAGCAUGAGAACAUAGUAGCUUUGGAAGACAUCUAUGAGAGUUCCAACCACCUCUACCUGAUCAUGCAGCUAGUGUCGGGAGGUGAGUUGUUUGACCGUAUCGUGGAGAAGGGGUUCUACACAGAGAAAGAUGCCAGUACGCUCAUCAGACAGGUGCUAGACGCUGUCGACUACCUCCACAAGUUGGGCAUCGUCCACAGAGACCUGAAGCCAGAGAACCUGCUGUAUUUUAACCCCCAGGACGAGUCUAAGAUCAUGAUCAGUGACUUUGGUCUGUCCAAGAUGGAGGGCAGCGGGGACGUCAUGUCGACCGCGUGCGGCACGCCGGGAUACGUGGCUCCAGAAGUUCUUGCUCAGAAGCCCUACAGUAAGGCAGUGGACUGCUGGUCCAUCGGAGUCAUUGCAUACAUCCUGUUGUGUGGCUAUCCUCCAUUCUAUGAUGAAAAUGACUCCAAGCUCUUUGAGCAGAUCCUCAAAGCAGACUACGAGUUUGACGCACCGUACUGGGAUGACAUAUCUGAUUCAGCCAAAGACUUUAUCGGCAGUCUGAUGGAGAAAGACCCGGCGAAGCGCUUCACCUGUGACCAGGCCCUCAGACACCCAUGGAUCGCUGGGGACACAGCCCUCUGCAAGAACAUCCACGAGUCUGUGAGCAGACAGAUCAGAAAAAACUUUGCUAAGAGCAAAUGGAGGCAAGCCUUCAAUGCCACUGCAGUGGUGCGACACAUGAGGAGACUGCAGUUGAGCAGCAGUAUGGGCCACAGCAUGGACAGCUCUCACCCUCACCCUCCUAACAGCCGGGCCGCACAGAUGCAGAACCAAAGGAACCAGGCCAACCAGAACCUGGCCAGCCAGACGCCCAACCAGACCCCUAGCCAGAGCUCUACUCAACCCUCUCCGAGUCCAAGCCAGACUCGGAGCCAGAACCCUAAUGCAGCCAUUAUGAAGAGCUUUUCUGUGGACUCACCUCACAAGGACUGUGCCCCAGCUACUCCCACCCCCUGCAGCCUGGCAACUGCAGCCUCCUCUUCCCCCUCCGGGGGGACGGAGCUCACCCGGCCCCACCCCUCUACUGUUGCCACAGUACUAACAGAGACUAAGUGACGCCAGGUCCCGCGGGGGACCAGCUGGGAGGCUACGGCGCUGUGAGAGAGAGAGAGCGGGGCGAAAACCGCACCCUCCCUUUCCUUACCGUACCCCUACUACCCCCUCCCAGCCUGCCCCCCGCCCUGCCCCUCCCCCAGGACUGGGAGAGCAGAGGACUUUAAACCCAUUGCACCAAUAACAACAUGCCAUACUCACCUUGGACAUGCCCAUUGUGUCGACUCUGUGGAACCACACCCACUCCAAGAGCAUUACUGAUUGGUUUACCUUUGAGUGUUUGUUUCUGUCAGAGACCAUGAUGAGUGAAGUGGGUGUGUUUUCAGAAGCUUCCGUCGGAUUGGGCGUUGUCUAUGUCAGUCAAACUCAAUUUCCCUUUAGUUUUUCCUACAUCUUCUAUAAGGUUCUACUUGUGAGUUUUUAAAAUUCUGUUUAUUUUCUAUAUUUCAUCCUCUGGGUUAACAGUUACCAACUGGAUUAUUUUUCAUUUCUAUUUUCUUGCAUUUUCUUUCCAUGUUCAUGUUGAUUUCUUUUUGUUUGCGUCCAUGUUUAAGACGUGCUUUAAAAGUACCAUAAGACUGUUGAGUGAUGUUUCAUGAGUAAGCGCUUUAUCUAUUUGCACAUGAGGUUUGGACACAAUUUCAGACGUAGAUAAUGUGUGUACAGCCACCAAGUUAGACAACUCAUCUACGGGAAUUUAUCAGACAGAGAAUAGAGAAUGUAAACAGUUUUAAAAUACCCCAAAUGGGGUCAGAGCAUUGUACAACAUCUUUGUUAAGGGAAACAUGCACUAUGUUUAAUUAUUGUCUUACUUUAGAAGACUUUCAUAACGACCACCCAAUAGGGGACGCAUAUACAGUAUAUUAUGAAACGCACUGCAGGUUUAGGAUAGAGUUGGAGAGUGCUGUUAGUUUUAACCAUCACCAGUUACAUGUGGGGUUUCCCACCCUAAAGAUCAGGGGCUACAGGUGGGAAACCAGGCACUUCCAAAUGGGCCUCAGAAAAAGCCCAUGUAGAAGAGCAGCCAUUUCUGUAGUGUAAGCAUGGGAACCCCUGACCUACAGUCAGUUUCCCACGAUCCAAGAUGGUGGAGCUGUUGUCUCUACCCCCAUCCCUUUUACAAAGCCAUGACCUCACCACAAGAGCCAUCAUCAUCAUGAUGACAUCAUCAACCGGGCACCCAGUACACAAGUUCUCAGGGAUUUGGACUGGGCGCCGUGGUGACCCUUGUUGCUGUAGAAACCGCUCGCGAGCACAGAUUUGUCUACAGAGUGUCCCGUGGUCUGCCUCUGUUAAAUGCAAGUCCAACGAUCCCUUUAUAUCAUUGUAAUGUCUAGCCAAAGCAGUCUUGAAACAUGAUGACAAACUGAUUAUACCUGAUUAAAAACUGAUGGUUAGCUAUGAGCUAGACCUAUAACCCUGGCCGAUCCCCACUGAGAAAUGGAUUGUUUUGAAACUAAGGGCUGAACUCUGAUAAUCUGGAGAAAGAUGACAGAAGACGAUGUUUUCUAUUUCUCUCCCCCUUGCCUUCUCCUUUCCUCUCUGUGCCACCCCUCCCUCCCUCUCUUUUUCUUUCUAGUUUCUUUAAGACCAGUUCACUGUAUACUGUAGAAGUUUCACCCAACACUGGGACUGUUACGCUCACGACACCAGGGUCCCCUAACCAGACUAUGGCCAGACACAGCAUGCAUAUAGCCUACAUAUAGGGGUCAUAAUGCAGUAUUAUUACCUGGCUUUGUGGUGCUGGGUCAACCAUCAUUAAGAGUGAUGUCAUGGACUGGAUUCUUUUAGGGGGUGGGUAGACUUUACUUUAGGGGUCUGUUUUGUUUAUUUUUUUUUUAUCGAGGCAAGCAUUUUGUUUUCUGAUAUGAAUGAAUAUAUUUGUUGGAAAUGUCUUGUAAAUAAGUUGUGAAUGAUAAUUUUUAAGAUAACCUUUGCGAAUGUUGUGCAGUGCCGACGUGGGGGUGGGUUGAUUGUAUUUUCUUUGGAAUGUUUAAUGUGUUUUAAAUGAGCUACAGCCCCCCUCACCCCUCCAUCCCACACCAUACUGGGCUUUGAUACCACGAUAUUCAGAGCAUACUGUACCAAACACUCAGUAACUGCCAUCUACAGAGUUACCAUGGAGAUAACGCCAUCAGCAUUCUAAACAAUAUCUGAUAAAAUAAAUAAAAAUUAAAUGUAAAA